AUGGUAUAUGAUACAGAUUCAAAUUUCAAACAGCAUACAAGUGACCUUAAGAAAUUAUCUCUGGUCAUCUUUGCUUUAUUUGACUUAGUAUAUUGUGGUGUGCUUAUAUAUUCUUAUCGAAGUGUAUGCGAUGCACCUUUAAAAUCAUGGCUAAUUGGUGCAAUUCUAUUAUCAAUUCCAGCUACAAAAGUGAUUAGUGUGAUUGAAUCAACUUUUGGACAUGGUUUUGCACUGAUUGGAGAGAUCUCAUUAUUUGUUGCUAGUUUUCUAUGGUUUACACUUGGUACUGUAUGGGUUAAUACUUCUCUAGUAUGUCAGAGCACUGCACCUGCACUAUGGUGGACGGUAUUCAUCACAGUAUCUACUAUCUGGUUUUUCGUUGCCGGUCUUGCCUUCUCCUUAAUCGGAAUUACUGUAUAUCACAUGAUAAUCACUGGUGGUGCUAACCCAGAAUUUAGAGGUAAUAGGAAACCAGACCUAUAA